GUGGUGUUUGUUGCAAGAACAUAUUUGUGGUGUUAUUAUUAGAUAAAUUGGUUGGCCUGGUUUGAUAUGGGAGACGAAAGCUCCUCCAGUUCUCAAAACAUUAAUGGAAGUACGUCCUCCGAAUCCAAUCAACCACAGGAGAAUCUUGAUACGUGGUAUUCAAGGAUUGCCGACAACUAUAAUUCUUUACAUGAGGUUACGGAAGCUCUGAAACGUGCUGGACUCGAAUCUUCCAACCUAAUUGUAGGAAUUGAUUUCACUGCCAGCAAUGAAUGGACAGGCAUGAACUCGUUUGGUGGUCGAAGCUUACAUCACACUGGAAACGGUCCAAAUCCCUACGAACAAGCAAUAUAUAUUGUUGGGAAAACUUUGUCUGCUUUUGAUGAAGACAACUUGAUCCCCUGUUUUGGAUUUGGAGAUGCCUCAACACACGACGAGGAUGUAUUUAGUUUCUCUCCCGAUCACAAGUUUUCCAAUGGAUUUGUUCAUGUCUUGAGCCAAUAUAGGGACAUUCUUCCACAUCUCAAAUUGGCUGGUUAAUUACCUAUUACCUU